UCUAUAUAUUAUGAUUUACUUACAUGUAAACUUAUAUCAUUACUUCCUGUUAGGCACCUUGUGCUCUAACUUUCAUUUUCAGAAAAAUGAAAAGCAGUGCUUUAAGGAAAACCCUCCUCAAAUGCCACCCAGCCCUUUACAGUAAAUACUAAAUACCUUUAUGACACUUGAUGGCUCAGUCCGUAGCUAUAAACCUGUGCGUUUUCCUCUCUGCUAUUAAAUGAAGUUGCAGCCUCUGAACUCUUACAAGUGAAUGGUCUCUGAGUUUUUCUCCUUCUGCUGAAAGUAUAGAAAUCCUCAUCAGUUAUCAUCAACGUACUCAACCUCCGGUUUAAUUACAAAAUAAAUAAAUAAAAAUAAAAUAAUAUUAAGAGUGAAUUGACUAAUUUAACACAGGAUCGGUCAUGUGCUCCAAUCCUUCGUCCAAAAGCGGAAUCAUCUCAGUUCCAGCUUCACUUAGAGAUUCACUCUCAUGUCUCGACAUUGUGUGGUCUGAUAUGUUUGAAACAGAAGACAUUAACCCAGAAGAAGCCAGAAAGCAUGAGGCUGACUUUCUUAAAGGAGCCCCGCUACAGUGGCUUACUUUAGUGGAGAAAGAAAAUUCACCUUUGGUCAAGAGAGACGGCUUUUCUGAUUUAAAACAGUUGAUUGAGAGAAAGAGGAGAAAACAAUGUCUCGUCACUGAUGUUUCUUUACGGUACCAGCCUGGCAGUGGAGGCUCAACUCUCGCCAUGCAGGUGCUUUGGGAUUUCCGGAAAGAUCUCAGAUGUGCCAGAGUGAUCGAUUCAAAUCUAGACACUAAAGAGCUGUCAAAACAAGUGGUGGACCUUUUUCUGUUGUCCAGUGAAGAACGUGCGAAACAAGAUCGAAAAACUGUGCUGCUGUUACUGGACACGAAGGAAAAGAUUAAUGAUCUGCCAAUCAAGAAUGUUCUCUGGGAAAACCUGAUUGAUGAAAUCCGUAAGAGAGGCAUCAACACUAACACGCCAGUAGUGAUCGUGUUAAAUUGCAUCCCUACUGACUUCACUCGAACCGACACAAUGAUCCUUUCUUCAGGAUGCUCUGAAGAGGAAAUUAAAACAUUCAAGGAACAGCUUUUUCAACAGAUCCGUCUUCAGAGAAAGGGUCACUGGGAAGUUACAAUCAUAAGUCUGCUGUACCACAAAGACAGCAGCGGAUCGGCCCUAGCUGGGGAGGUACUGUCAGACUUGAGUGAAACGUUCAUAUGUGAAACUUGGACAGAACCAUUCAAAACAGAUAACACAGAAAAUAAAGAAAUAUUUGGAAAAAAGAUUGAAAAAAUGGUAAAUGAACUGCACGCUUUAUAUGAAACACACCAAAACACUGUGUUGCUUCUGUUGGAUCAUAAAGAUACUAAACCCCAACCCAACUUUUUAAGGAAUCUGCUGUCAAAGCUUCAACGUCCUGAUCAAGCUGACCAUCCUGCAUUCAUCGUCAUCAAUGCUGUCAGCAAGAACGCUGUUCCAGCAAAAGACGACGUGAAGCUUAAAAUGGAGCUCUUACCAGACGAGAAGAAUAGUUUUGCUCAAAAAAGGCUUGAAAUUGAUCAAAAGAAACUGUCACAGACGUUUCAUGCAUUUAAUAUCAUGUGGGGAGGUUUCCAGAAAGAGGAUGUUGAGAAAUUGAUAACAGAAGAAAUGAUAACAUAUGUUAAAAAUCACAAGGAGUCCAGCAACACGAGACUUCUCAGUUUUUUGGCUUUGAUAAAUUCGUAUGUCCCAGGUUCACACUUGUCAAAGCUUUUCUGUCAGGAAUUCAUGGAUCAGACAGAUGAGGAAAACCCUACUCUGGAAACAAAAAUGAAACCUUUCAUGGAUCUCAUAGUCAUUUUCUCAGAAGGAGAACAAGAAGACCAAUGUGUACGCCUGGCACAUCCAAUGAUCGCUGAUGCCUGCCUGAAAAUGUUCACUGAGAGCAAACUGAUGAGAUCUGACAUAGCUCUUGACUUCUUGAACAGCUUGGUGAAAGGGAAGGAGAGUGAUCUUGGAAAAAUUUGCAAAAAAAUGUUAGUUGUAAGACUUGAGAUUCUGAUGGAAAAGGAUAAAUUUUCCAGACUGAUUCUUGACAUCAUAAGAGAAAAUAAUGAUAACCAUUGUAUUCGUUUGUUGGAGGUGGCCUCGGAAUUGUUCUCCGAAGACCCUUUUUAUCCUCAAACACUUGCACGUUUGUUUUACAUUGUAGUAAAAAAGGACAACAAAUAUGAGGAGGCAAGAAAAUGGGCAAAAAAGGCCAUUGAACGAGAUCCCAACAAUUCGCACAUCAGGGAUACUUUGGGACAAGUUCACAAAAACCACCUGCUGAACGAAACUAAAAAGCCAUUCAUAGACAGAAAAGCAUGUUUGUCUAUUGCUCAGUCUGCCAUUAAAGCAUUUAAAGAUGAAGAAAAAGCAGCUGAAGAUGAGUCUGGAGAUGACACCAAAUUCAAUAACAGAGGUCUCUUUGGGUUCCUUCAGGUCUGCAAGAUUAUUCAUCCAAAAAUGCCUUUUGAACACUCUGAACAGGAAUACAUCAAUGGUCUCAAAGGUGAUGUGGAGACAAAAUAUGAUUUCUUUGAAUGGUUCCUGGCGUUCUCCAGACAAAGCUUUGAAAAAGAGGACCCAGACUACAUUCGCCGAGAUGUUGAAGAGUGCUAUAUGCACCAUUUUGAAACUGAUAAAAUUACUCUGGGUGAGAAAAAAAUGUAUUCUGGAGAACUUCUUCGUAUUCUAAAAUCAGACAUCGAUGUGCUGAAACAAUAUAAAGGUAAAAUUGAAAAUCCACAGACUGACAACGAAAUCCAAACUGUUCUCUACAUUCUUGCCAACAUCAUCUGUAGUGAGUCUGGUGAGCAAUUUCAAAAAAUACAAGAGUAUCAGUCCUGUUUACAUAAACUAUGGUUGAGAGAAAUGCAAGAGAGACGCCCAGAGUUUUAUCUCUUGGUUCUUUUGCUCUUUUGGCCUGAUGAUAUGCAGCCAAGAAUCAGAAAUCCUCCCAACCUUGAAAAGUGUCUCAGAAAAAUGCGCCAUUCGUACAAGACUAAGUACCAGAAAUACCUCCAUUCUCGUUACCUGGUGCCUCUGUUCUUCUUUGCGAAAGGAAAGGGACUGCAGAAACUCGUUCAUACCUCAAAACUACGUCAAACCGAUCUGGAGCUCCUCGCAGAAGGGGACGGAAAUGUAGAAAUCAAAGAUCUUCAGCGUAUCAGUGGGCAGGUCAGAAAACAUCAAGUGUUUGCCAUUAGAGGAGAUAAAGAGAUUCGAGUCGCCUCUCACAAUCGGGCCAGUGUGUGCAAACAAGGACAGGUGUCCUUCUACCUUGGAUUCAAUAUCAGAGGACCUGUCGCCUACAACAUCAGAUAUACAGACUCUUCUGGAGCUUAUUAUAUGAAGGCAGUCAACGAGAAAAUCAGAAAAAAAUAAAUAAAUGAUCUUCUUCUUCUUCAAUAUGCUUUCUGGAAAGAAGACAUCAAUAUGAAACAUUAAAGCGUAUAGAUAUAUUCACAGUUAUUGCAAAAUCCUCUAUAGACGUUCUGUAUACCUGUGACCUCAUUCAAUCAGUAUAGGGCCUCUUUUUUAAGUGGGUGUGGAAACAAAUACUGUGUACACAUUGUAUCAGUUUAUUUCUUUUAUAAAAAGUAUUUACUUUAUCACUUUAUCACUUCUUAGUACCCACUGUCAGUCCCAAUGCAAUCCUUCAACUAGUGCUAGGAAAUAGUUUGCACAAACUUGGUACUUUAUUACUGCACUUUUAGUUUAUAACUGUACAACUGUUUUGCUUGGUAACCAUUUACAUUGAUUGGUGGAAGGAAUCAUUUGUUAUCAAUAAAAUAUACAAUUUUUGUUGCUUUGUGUUUAUUUUAUGAAACCUUGGCAGGUAUAUGCUGUAUACACUUUUAUGUUUUGCCACAGUUAUAUCCCAUCUAGCCUUAAUCAAUAGAUCCCUCUUAUUAAAUACACAAUGAAAAAUAUUUUACAGUGAAAUAAUUAUUUGUGCACGAUAACAGUUUUUUUUGUACAUUCAAAAAUCAAAUAACAUGCUUCUAACGUAUGCAUUGCCUGUAUGGUGUUUUAAAGGUAUACUGUUUACUUUGUAUUUCUGUGAUUUGCAGUUUUUUACCAUUUGAGCUUUAGGAAUAAAAACUGCAUACAUACAUAAGAAAUGAUAAUGAACAUGGAGAGUUUUGUAAUUAUUUCCCAGUAUUUAUUGAUACAUCAAACUCAUUCAAAGAUAAACUACUACAUCCUCUCUCAACAAGCUAACCUUGGCUACUGUGAAUAAUAAAAAAGCAGUUGAUUAUAAAAAUGUAUCCAUAUAGAGAAAAGAUAACUGGAGGGGAAAAAAAAACUAAACAAAAACAAACGUGUAACUAUAUGGGUCAAAGACAAAACAAAGAAUAACAAAGUGAAAAUAAAUAAGGUCAGAAUUGUAUUUGUUUUUUUUUUACAUAAAUAUUGUGUUAUACUGAAUGACAGCGUAACACUAUUUCAACCAAUUUUCCAAAAUUUUCAAUUUUCAAAGAGUUAAACUUUCAUAUUGACUUUAAAUUUAAGUAAAACAAACUUUAAGUAAAAGUUUUUUUGUUCGUUUGUUUCUUUUAAUGUUAGACUGUAGAGCUCUUGAAAGUCAAAAUCCAGUAUCUCAAAAUAUUAUAAUAUCUACAUUUGCGCUUCAUUAAAUGACCCCUACAGCAGAAGGGUCACGUUUAUGUUCCUGUUUUAUUUCUGUUCUUCCCGUGUUCCCUGAUUUUGUUCAUUAUCUUCCACCUGUGUUGAUUAAUCAUCUCGUUUGCUCGUUUGUUGUCUGAUCUAUAUAAGUUAGCUUCAGUUUAGCUGUGUUUUUUUUAUUUUUUUAUUUCCAGAAAUUUAGUAGGAAACUGUGUUCAAGCAACAGGGAUGAUUGCAAGCUUUAGGAUACUAUCAAGCUAAACUGAUUUAAACACUUGGGAGUGUUUCACAAAGAGUGUACCAAACUGUUCACUUCUGAAACAGAACGAACGUCAGAAGUAUCUUAACAGAGAAAAAUAUCUUGACUUUCACUCGGUGGUCCAAGGUCCUCUUUUUAGAUAAAAGUAAAUGUUAUAUUUCAUGUGGCAAUCAAGAGCUAGAGUUUAGAGGAAGACUGGAGAGGCCCAGAACCCGAGCUGCUUGAAGUCCAGUGUGAGGUUUCUGAAUCAGUGAUGGUUUGGGCUGCUGACGAUCGAGUCCAAAGUCAAUAAAGCCCUCUAUCAAGUGAUUCUGAGCACUUUAUGCUUCCAUCUGCUGACAGAGCUUUUGGAGAUGCUGAUUUUUUCCACACACACACACACAUAUAAGUUUUGCCAUAUUCUAUUUGUAGAUGAACCCGUGUAUAUCUCCCAAGGACAAGAGCAUAAAGGAAUUAGUUUUCACAAACAGAGAUGCAUCAUUCAACUGGAUAUAAUUUGGAAAAAUGGCUAAUCUUUC